UAUUGAAAUGGCUAAAGGAACAUAGUGUCCAUUAAAGAGUAUUAAAAGGUUUGGACUGUUACAGUAACACCACCUCGUCCCCUGAUUAUUAGCCACAUAAUAAACCACCGGAACGUCGGAAGAAACAUCAUGAAAAAUUAUGCAAUAAAAUUAUACAAAACGUUAUGUAAUAAAAAAUAAUGAGCUCAUGUAACGUCUCUUGGAAUCAGAAAGUAAUUCAAAGCAUGCAGUUAGCAGCUUAGAUUCACUUUCGAUCACAUAGAAGCAGGUUUGAGCCUAACCCUUGCACAAAACAUGCUGAAAAGGAAAUAAUAAAAACUAAGGGCGAAGGAAAAGAAACCAAAGGGUUACGAAUAAUAUACCCAAGGUAAUUAGCAAUAAGUCUAAUGGGGUGCAAGUAACAUUUAUUAUCAGUUCAUCUAUGACCUACAUCACGAUCGCUGCACUGACGAAAGUCGGCAAUAAAACCAAAAUUUGUAAGUAAACGCUUCUGUUUCAGAAACUCUCCGAAAAUACCCGCCGCUUCCAGCGCUAAUGCGCGAGUGUUCGAAGCCGUACAAAAUUCCGGAAACAGACAUUGUUUUGGACACAGGAACGCGGGUUUUCAUACCCGUGAUUGGUCUUCACCACGACCCUAAAUAUUACCCCGAACCUGACAGGUUUGAUCCCGAACGGUUCAGUGAGGAAGAGAAGCAGAAGAGACACCAUUAUGUCUACCUUCCUUUUGGAGAGGGACCCAGAAUUUGUAUAGGGAUGCGGUUCGGAUUGAUGCAAACCAAGGUGGGACUGGUUUCUCUUCUGUCCAAAUACCAGUUCAGUGUAAGCAAGAAAACUCCUGUUCCUCUGGUUUUCGAUGGGAAGUCAUUCAUACUGACUCCUGCUGGAGGAAUGUGGCUGCAGAUCAAAAAGAGAAGCAUGGAAUAAGCUGAACUCCUGCUCUGAAUACAAGCAACAUACGUCUUUACGACACACCAGAAGUCUCAAAAUUAUAAAUGAUUAUAAGUUUCAGCUAACUUUCUCAGGUGGUUAGUUGCCGGCUUGCCACUGCGGAGGGUCGGAUUCGAGCCCAGGUCACAUCAUGUGGGAAUUGUGGUGGACAAAUUGGCACUGGGGCAGGUUUUCUGCGAGUACUUCGGUUCCCCUUACUAAUUCCCAUUCCAGCGACUUCUCCUCAAUCAUCAUCUGCCAUCCGGUACCAGUACAAUAGGCCAGUUAGUGGCCGACGUACCAAGUGGACUAAGUCUCGCCCCACUCAAAGAAACUAAAAAAUAACUACAACUAACCAAGGGUUUGAACAUGCCGGUAAACGAGUGGCAGUUUAUAACUUGAAGUGAGCCAGAACUACAUCUUCGCCGUGUUACGUGUACUUGAUUGUUCAACUUCAACAUAACGGCCCAUUACUAUGUAGCUUGAAAUUAUUAAACAUUUUAGACACAAAAUCUGUGAAAAUUUUGAAGUUUUCAAUGUUCAUUUCUGGCUUAAAGAAAGAAAAGUGAGGGAGACCUCCCUAAAACUAAACAAAACUUGGAUCGUAUUGUUACGAGAAAUGUUACUCAGUGUUAUCAAUCCUUGAAGUAAGGCGUAUGGCCAUAUUUAUGUAUUACUGAUAAGUUUCAGUGUUCUCAUGACAAUCCCUACUUCUGCAAGUCUAGCAGACGUCAACCAUCUUACUUGAAUCCUAGAACAGAACCUGUCAUUGUAGAAAGUUGUCCUUAUGCUGCUAUAGAUAAUAAAGAUUAGAACAACCUCCUAACUCUUCCAUGUUCACUAAUCAGUGUUAUAUAACAGUAUUGGGUAAAUUAUGGCGGUAAGGUUGUCAGCCUUACGCGCCGGCCGCGUUUUACUUCAAAGGAAAGUUUUUAUGGGAAGUUAUAUGUGUUAUUAAAUAAUUUGUAUUCUUAAUCUGGUACCUGUCACCACCUCUGGCUGCAGCGGUAAAUAUUAAGAGAUAAAUAUGAAUAGUUUAUUGUAAA